UCUCAUACACUCUGCAUUUGCGGGGUAGUUUGGGGAAAAUCAGCAGACAUCAAGGAAUGGGCCCUUCUCGUUGCGGGAUCUAAUGGCUAUGACAACUACAGGCAUCAGGCAGAUAUCUGUCAUGCCUACCAUGUGAUGAGUAACCAUGGGAUUCCAGACGAUCAGAUCGUUGUCAUGAUGUAUGAUGACAUUGCCAACAACAAAGAGAAUCCUUACAAAGGUAACAUUAUUAAUCAGCCUAAUGGCACAAAUGUUUAUCCUGGAGUGCUGAAAGACUACACAAAGAAAGAAGUAACACCUAAAGUCUUCCUUAGUGUCCUGAGUGGUGACCAAGAGGGUGUAGAAAAAUUAAUUGGCAGAAAGGGCAAGGUCAUUAACAGUGGACCUAAUGAUCACGUCUUUGUACUUGCUGACCAUGGUGCUCCAGGUCUGCUUGCAUUUCCCUCAUCAACUCUGCAUGCCCCAGCUCUUCAAAAGACUAUUCUGAAAAUGUAUGAAAACAAACGGUAUGGAAAGAUGGUAUUCUAUGUGGAGGCAUGUGAAUCAGGGUCAAUGUUUGCAAAGCUGCUUCCAAAAAACAUCAGUGUGUACGCCACGACUGCUUCAAAUCCACAUGAGUCCUCAUAUGCCUGCUAUUUUGAUAAACAUCGUAACACUUAUUUGGGUGAUUGCUACAGCGUCUUCUGGCUUCAAGAUUCAGAUAAAGAAAAUUUGCAACAGGAGACACUGCAGAAGCAGUUUCAAGUAGUCAAGAAUGAAACAAAAACCAGUCAUGUUAUGGAAUACGGAAACUUGACAAUUGCAACGAUGACAGUGGCUCAGUUCCAGGGGCAACAGUCUGGAAAACCUGAUGCAGCAUACAAUGCGAGAACUGCACCAAAUCCACUGGUGGAUGCAAUGCCAUCACGUCAGGUACCACUGUUCCUUAAACAACAGAAAGUAAAGAAUGCUAAAAGCCUUGAAGAGAGGAAAGCAGCUGAAAAAGAGUUAACGUCUUUGAAAACAUUUUACCAGGAAACACAGAAGCUGUUUAUGGACAUUGUAGGAAGAGAUGAUUACUUUCGCCUUCGCACACAGCGCCUGUCUAUCAGCAAAUGGGAAUGCUAUGAGAAUGCUGUCACUCAGCUGGAAACCUCUUGUCCUGGGAUGCGCCUUUCUCAGAAUGACAUUGCCCUGGAGCACCUGUACCUUUUGGUCAACACAUGUGAAACUAGCUAUUCGGACAAGAAACUGACCUCUGCUAUAAAGACCCUUUCAGAAAAUCGCCCAUUCUGUCAAGAGUCCAACUAAAACACUUCUUGAGUUAUGAUUUUCUUUUUUGUUGUUCUUCCUAGUGGUUAAGCUUAUUAACCAGAGGUUUCUGUUUUCUUGAUUUGUGAUGAAAAUUGUUAUUACGAAUAUCUCUACAUUUCCAUUUUAACCUUUGUCACAACAUAAGCUGGAUUUGUUUUUGUGGAAGGGUACAGAUGGAAGAUGACAAUGCCAUUCUCAUGCAUGAGGGCACAUAUUUGGUAUCUGUGUUGUCCAACUUCUGUGAUAAAAAAAAUUCUAUAUGUCAUGUGAAAUAAAGUCUUUACUAACAAGAAAGGACUUAAGCGCUUUUUUUUUUUGUGCCUAUUUUUGCUAUGAUUUGCUUCUAGCAAAACUAUAUGGAGAAUAACAUUCCCUUUUUCUAUCAAAGUUUUAAAUUCAGUAGAUCUUUCUUAUAAUGGAAACGUCUUUGCAUUAGCUAUGUUUUUGUUAUACAAGUAUAUGUUAAGUUUGCUUAAAAGACAACAGGGUUCUUAGACUUUUUGCAAAGGCAUGUUCACAGAAUUGUUUUCAUAGGUGUGGAAUCCAAUACUGUGUAAAGAUGAUGUGUGCAGAGAGUUUUCUCUUGAUGUGCUGUUGGUUGUGAUCUCAGGCUUUGGAUAACCUAGGUCACAAAAUUUAAAGAAUCAGAAGUAUUAAGAAUUUUUCAAUAAAUGGAUUAAAAACAAUUUUUAAACCA